AUGGCCUCAACAGCCCGUCACGAGCGAGGCUCAGCCUUCCUCCGCAUCCCAGCCGAAAUCCGACUGCACAUCUAUGGCUACCUCCUCCCCAAACACCGUCUAGACAUCAAUCUCUGUGAUCCCGACGACAGCCACCCACCCAGCAGGGACAUCCUGCCGGGCAAAAACAAAAAAGCCUCCCCCAUCUCGGCCAUGGUUUCUCUGAAUCUGGCCAUCGAAGCCAUCACCCGCUCCAACGGUCUGCACCUCCUGCUGGUCAGCCCCCGCACCGCCACCGAAUAUGCGAGCCUGCUCGCCAAGCUGGCCGUCCGCUUCCACUGCCCGAAGUGCUUCGACGAGUGGCUCCGCAACGUGUCGUACGGUCUGGGCGUCGGCAUAAAGUGGCUCAAGCGCGUCGAGAUCCUGUUCGACUCGGAGAUGGGAGCCCGGCCUGUCCGUAGCCGGGGCUUGCAAGGCAUGACGCCCGCCUUGUCGAAGUUCAUGGCCAACGAGAUGAUGAAGCAGUGCCAGCACACAGUCUACGCGUACUACGGCCGGUUGGACCUCAUGGACCCGCCGAGCGAGGUGUGGAGGUACGAGCCUUACCGGGGCGAGAACUCGCAGGAUUCUCAGGACGAAGCGACCAACGACUCGGCACAGGAGAUGUCCCAAUCCCAGACCCAGACGAACGGUGGACUGCAUACGCAUCCUUGGGUCAUUAACGGAGGGUUCCCGGCCCCUGAGACGCGGGCGCCCUUUCAUGGCAGCGCCGCGCUCACGUCCGGGCGGCGGUUGAGGCGGAUCUUCCAAAUAUCAUCUACCCAUCAUCCACGACCAGGUGAGGAUCGAGACGAGCCUGCAGAGACGACGAGAGAGUGGAUCAUCAAGGGGUGGCUUAACGUCUAA